AAGCCCGAGGGGCGCGGCGUCUACCGGCGCGUCGACGGCGCCGUCUACGACGGCGAGUGGAAGGCGGGUGAGCGGGAGGGGCGCGGCGUCGAGCGGUACGCCAACGGCAACGGCUACAACGGCGAGUGGAAGGCGGGUAAGAGGGAGGGACGCGGCGUCUACCGGUGGGCCGACGGCGCCGUCUAUGACGGCGAGUUCAAGGCGGGUAAGAUAGAGGGGCGCGGCGUCAUACGGUACGCCAGCGGCGACGUCUACGAAGGUGAGUGGAAGGCGGGCUUGUUCGAGGGGCACGGCGUCUACCGGCACGCCGACGGCGACGUGGUGUCGGGCUUCUACAAGCAUGAUGCUGACGUCGGCGAGGGCGGGCGCGUCGCCAUGCAGUACGCGGCCGGCGACGUCUACGAAGGCGAGUACAACUGGCUGGGACUGUACGAGGGGCGCGGCGUCAUGCGGUACGCCAACGGCUACGUCUACGAGGGCGAGUUCAAGGCGGAUAAGAUGGAGGGGCGCGGCGUCUACCGGUACGCCGACAGCGACGUCUACGACGGCGAGUGGAAGGCGGGUAAGAGGGAGGGGCGCGGCGUCUACCGGUACCCCGACGGCGACGUCUACGACGGCGAGUGGAAGGCGGGUAAGAGGGAGGGGCGCGGCGUCUACCGGUGGGCCAGCGGC